CGCAGAAUAAUCAGUCUUUUGGCUCAAGAGACGAACGAAAAUGGCCAAGCGCACCAGGAAAGUCGGAGUUGUUGGCAAAUAUGGUACACGUUACGGUGCAUCGCUUAGGAAAAUGGUGAAGAAAAUUGAAAUCACACAGCACUCUAAAUAUACUUGUACAUUCUGCGGAAAGGAAAAAAUGAGAAGAACAUGUGUUGGUAUUUGGAAUUGUAAGAGCUGUAAGAAAACUAUUGCUGGUGGUGCGUGGGUAUACAGUACAACUGCUGCUGCCACAGUUAGAAGCGCUAUUCGUCGUCUCAGAGAAGUUAAGGAAACAUAACUCUUAUUGGCCUGUAGUUUGUAAAAGAACAUUGAGAGCAAGAAAAAAAAUAAAAAUGAAGUUUUAAUUUAA